UGUCUUGGGCGUUUCAACGGUUCUGUGUUGCUGCUGAGAUGUUUGGUCUUUUGUUCUUCGUGCUGAUGGCGCACAGCGCUUAUGGAGACGUGAGCUAUUCUUUCCCGGAGGAGAUGAAACGCGGAUCUGUGAUUGGGAAUAUAGCGAAGGAUCUCGGGCUAGAUGUGAACAGACUUUCCUUUCGUAAGGCUCGCAUUGAUACAGAAGGUAACAGAAAACGAUAUUGUGACAUUAAUCUGAAUACUGGAGAGCUGACCGUAGCGGAGAGAAUCGACAGAGAGGAGAUUUGUGGCGACAGGGCUUCAUGUGUUUUAAAAUUUGAGUUCAUGCUGGAAGAUCCAUUAGAGCUGCACCGCGUUUCACUGCAAAUUCAGGAUAUUAACGACAACUCGCCUGUUUUCUCAAAUGAUUUGAUUACAUUUGAAAUUAGCGAGUCUGCCAUCCGAGGGACUCGUUAUCGUCUAAAUGCGGCGCAUGAUGCUGAUGUAGGACAGAAUGCAGUGCAGAGAUACAGUCUACAGAAGAAUGACAAUUUUCAGCUGGCUAUAAAUUCAGAUGUGCACGGGGAAAAGAAUGUAGAAUUACUGCUAGAGAAAGAGCUGGACCGUGAGCAGCAGAAAGAGGUGACUUUAAUUCUGACUGCGGUAGACGGCGGGACUCCACCGAGAUCAGGUACUGUAGCCAUACACGUCACUGUGCUGGAUGCUAAUGAUAAUGCUCCAGUCUUUAGUCAGGCCGUCUAUAAAGUCAGUCUGCCUGAAAAUUCCCCUGUAGAUACUGUAGUGGUGACAGUGAGCGCUACUGAUGCUGACGAGGGACAAAAUGGAGAAGUGACUUAUGCAUUCAGUCGGAUCUCUGACAAAGCUAAAAAGAUGUUUUCACUGGAUAAAAAUACAGGUGAUGUUCGCAUUGCAGGUGCACUUGAUUUUGAAGAUGAAGCAGUUUACGAAUUACGAGUUGAAGGCAAAGAUGUAUUUGGUUUGUCUAGUGACGCAAAAGUUGUAAUAAAUCUCUCAGAUGUUAAUGACAAUGCUCCUGAGAUACGUUUGAAAUCUUUGCGUAGUCCAGUUCCUGAGAGCGCGUUACCCGGUACAGAGGUUGGCAUCAUUAAUGUGCAGGACAGAGACUCUGAGAAUAACGGACAGGUGCGCUGCUCCAUUCAGCAAAACGUCCCAUUUAAACUCGUGCCUUCAAUCAAAAAUUACUAUUCUCUGGUGACCACAGGUGAAUUAGACCGCGAGCUGCUCUCUGAAUAUAAUAUUACAAUUACUGCUACUGAUGAGGGCUCUCCGCCUUUAUCUUCCACUAAGAAUAUUCACUUGACUGUAGCUGACGUCAAUGAUAAUCCACCUGUAUUUCAGCAGCAGAAUUACAGAGCUCAUGUGCAAGAAAAUAACAAAGCAGGCUCCUCUAUUUGUUCAGUAUCAGCUACAGACCCGGACUGGAGACAGAAUGGCACUGUAGUUUAUUCUCUGUUGUCCUCUGAUGUCAAUGGCGCACCGGUGUCCUCCUUUUUAUCCAUUAACGGAGACACCGGGGUCAUUCAUGCCGUCAGGUCGUUUGAUUACGAGCAGAUGAAAAGUUUCAAAGUGCUCGUGUUAGCCAGAGACAACGGGUCUCCUCCUCUGAGCAGUAACGUGACCGUGAGUGUCUUCAUAUCGGAUGAGAAUGACAACUCUCCUCAGAUAUUAUACCCCUCUCCGGAGGGAAACUCCUUCAUGACCGAGAUGGUGCCCAAAGCUGCGCAGGCGCGCUCCCUGGUCUCCAAGGUGAUCGCCGUGGACGCGGAUUCCGGGCAGAACGCGUGGCUCUCGUAUCACAUCAUUAAAGCGACUGAUCCGGGACUUUUCACUAUCGGUGUCCACAGCGGAGAGAUCAGGACGCAGCGGGACAUUUCUGAAUCUGACAGCAUGAAGCAGAACCUUAUUGUGUCAGUCAGAGAUAACGGACAGCCCUCUCUCUCAGCCACGUGCGCACUGUAUUUACUUGUAUCAGAUAACUUGGCUGAAGUGCCAGAACUGAAAGACAUGUCUCAUGACGAGAGCAGCUCCAAACUGACGUUUUAUUUGAUCAUCGCGCUGGUGUCCGUCUCCACUUUCUUCCUGACCUUCAUCAUCAUCAUCCUGGCCGUGAGGUUUUGUCGCAGGAGAAAGCCCAGACUGUUGUUUGAUGGAGCUGUAGCCAUUCCCAGCGCGUAUCUGCCUCCAAAUUACGCAGAAGUGGAGGGCGCGGGAACUCUCCGCAGCGCCUACAAUUAUGACGCAUACCUGACCACGGGCUCGCGCACUAGUGACUUCAAGUUCGUCAGAUCUUAUAAUGAUGGCACGCUGACUGCUGACCUGACUCUGAGAAAGACUCAGUCCUCUGUGGAUGAUCUGGAAGGACUCGACGCAGAAAUGAUCGAUUCUUUUCAG